AUGCGCAUUCACACUGAGCUGCCAGUUUCCUCCGGAGGACGAGCAGCUCCAGGGCUGAAUUACAUGCGCAGUCCUGCCGUGAAUCACACAUCACCACGGCAACCGGCGUUCACACCGAGUCCCCGUCAGCAUCAGUGGGGUCCGAUCCCAUCCACAGACGACAGAGCACCGAACACCACAGCAUCUUCUCCAAUUUCUUUUGUGUCCUGGCAGUAUCCAGGAUUUGAGCAACAAGCAGCGCUGUCACAUUUGGUUAAAAGAACACAGUCUGAGUCAGUCUGACCUGAACAGUCUGUCCCUGCUCUCCAGAUAUAUCCAGGCAUUUGUUUUUAGACAGCCGAGCAGCUAUGGUGAAGCUAGGCAGCAAUCUGUCUGAUAAGCUGGAGAAACAGCCGUCUGCGGACGACGGCUUUGAUAACAUCCCGCUCAUCACACCCCUGGAGGUCAACCAGCUCCAGCAGCCGUUUGCAGACAAGGUCAUUGUAAAGACAUCAACACAAUAUCAGCUGCCGCAGAAGAAUAAGAACAAGCUGUAUGUGCCCAAUAUCAAGAAGCUGAAUAUCAACUUCUACAGUGAUGUUUCAGAGAAAGCCAAGAUCACAGGUCUGAUCCUCAUUACAUUGGCCUUCCUGACCAGCCUGCUCCUCCUGUUGAUGUACAAAGCCAUGUGGUAUGACCAACUUACCUGCCCAGAGGGUUUUAUCCUUAAGCAGAAGCACUGCACCCCGGCAGCUCUGGAGAUGUACUACACAGAGCAGCAGCAGCAGCAGCAGGGAGUUCCAGGCGUCCGCGACAGGGCCAACACCGGGCUGUACGCCGCCCUCAGCCACCUUAACCAGGUCAAGAGGACUGGGCCGGAGCUGCCAUCGCCAUGGUUACCAGUCAUCAGUGCUCUGAAGGAGGCAGAGGUGGCCAAACAAGGCAGCGAGCCUCUGCCAGGAGGACUGGAGGGAGAGGAGUGAAGGGGCUGACAGAAACGCAGGUGUUAAAGGUGGAAAUGAUGACGGGGAGGCAGCGUAGAUUAUUGUGUCUUUCUUCCCUCGUACAGUCCAUCGAAUCGCUUGUUUAUACUGGUGCUCCAAAUCCUUAAAGGUGUAUCUACUACACAUUUAAAUCAGCUAUGUAAACCACAUGUAUUUAAGAUGCUAAUACCCAACUGUGUGUGUGUGUAUGUGUGUGUGUGUGUGCGUGUGUGUGUGAGAGAGAGAGAGAGAGAGAGAGAGAGAGAGAGAGUGUUGUUGUGGUUAGAGGCAUGAAUGUUAAAAAAGUGUUGGAGAAUGUGGCUGACUUUUACAGUGUUACUGAGGUAUGAGUAAUCUCCGCCAUCUGCAUUCAGUGUGUGUGUAUGUACUGUACACUGCGGCUGCUCACCUAGGCCUACAUUUGAACACAUUUGUAUGCACAUUUGCGUUCAUGUGUGUGUGUGUGUGUGUGUGUGUGUAUAUGUGUGUAUGUGUGUGUGUGUGUGUGUGUAUGCAUACACUGUAUGAUUUGCAUACUUGUCUGAGAAAGUUGGAGGUGAGAGAAGAGAAGCGAGGUGAGAGAGCUCAGAGUGAGAACUGAAGAUAACAAGUUUUUAAUGAGACUAUACUGCAAGUUUCUCCUCAUCACUCCGUCUCGUUAUCGCCCCGUCUAUUCAUUUAGUUGCAGAGGUGGAAUGUGCGAAAUCAUCAGUGAAUGUGCUCACUCUUUAAACAUUAAGACAAGGAACUAUAAUUGACCAUUUCAAUUUUUUGUAUAUGUAUCUUAUUAUCCGGAGACUGUUAAUUGCAGUUCUGUGUGCGUCUACAGUUAGAGUCAGAGGAAAGUGUGUUUAAAGAGGCUCACACAGUGGUUUUGGACUAUUAAAAAUCUAAAACUACAACCUCUUUGUCAUUAUGAAUAAUUGUGUGUAGAAUUCAUCACCAAAAAGUCAAUUUAGUCUGUUUUAAAUUAAAUCUUAAAACACAAUAAAGUGUGCAACAAGUAAAUGGGCCUUAAAUCGUUCUGAAGCCACUCUUCAUUUUGAAGACUCUUAUUAUGUUACAUGAUGAUGUGAGCUACUUGCAGUAAUUAUAAAAAAACUUGAGAGCUUUUAAUGUAAUACUUAAAAACAAUCUAAAUUUCAAUAAUGCUAUAUGUUAAUGUAUGUAAGAUGAUUUUAAAACUAAUAAUAAUGUAAUAAUGUAUUAGUUUUCUUGCUAAAUUUUGCUUUUGAUUAAUGUUGCUGUAAGUAUUCUGUAAUGCCACUGUAAAUGAACAUGUACAGUAUAACUACAGGGUUGUCUCAUCAUGAUCCUUAUAUGAAUGUAUGAAGUAGCUGCUCUAAUCAUGCAGUAGAUGUAAUUAGUGCUUAUAAUGUACUACUUAAAAGCUUCUAUUGCCUACACAUGUUUCUAUUUAUUUUAUUAACAGACGAUUUACGUGUAUGUUUUUUUGGUGUCUUUUCAACGGUAAAGUUGUGUUUGAAAAUCUUGCUUUAAGAGCUCUUUCACAAUCCAGUGUUCAUCCAUUUUUAAGGGAAAAACUAUGUGAAACAAAUAUUGUUUUUCUUCAACCGUCAUCAGAAAUAGAUCAAAAUUCUUUGGCAAAUCUUGUAAUUUGUUUUUUUGACCUAUAUUUUCUCUUUGUCACUUUUUCAAAUGGUGGAUAUCUCAUUUUGAAACAAAACUGUUCAUGCGAGUGGGACGAAUGUGAGAUCCCAGCGCAGCUUGUCCUUUGGGGGUUCAAGUGCCAAACGUUUACAUCAGAUCCAUCUGCUCUGAUGACACUGUCUGAACAGAAAUAAAUGACUCAAGUGUGGAGUUGUCUCAUUGA